AUGGACACCAGCGACUCCAGCAUGGACACGACUAACGGGGUACCGGGCGCCGGGGUGGGCGCGAUAGUGUCCGGCGCGGCGUCCUUGACGCUGGUCAAGGCCGAGACGCCCGAACUACUCGCGGGCACGUCGGCGACGCCCGGGUCGGUCACCGGGCCGAUAGCCGGUGCAACCGCGGGCCUCUUCGCCGGUAUAACCGGCAGUAAAACCGGUCGGCCGGACGACUGGCUGUCGACGAACAGCCCCGGCUCGCCGUCCGCCACCCUACAGGCGCAGCACGUGGUGUUCGCCAAUGCCCAACAGCUGACGGACUCCCAGCAGCAGCAGCCCCCGUUGGCGCACUCCAGCCCCCUCGCCCAUCAGCAGCAGCCCGGCAGCAACAACGGAUACGCCAGCCCCAUGAGCACCAGCAGCUACGAUCCUUACAGUCCCAACAGUAAAAUAGGUAGGGACGAGCUGUCGCAGCCUGGCUCUUUGAACGGGUAUGGAAGCAGCGGGGGCGGAGGUGGAGGAGGCGGAGGAGGCGGCGGCAGCGACGGCUGCGACGCCAGGAAGAAAAAAGGGCCAACCCCGAGGCAGCAGGAGGAGCUGUGCCUCGUAUGCGGGGACCGAGCCUCCGGCUACCACUACAACGCGUUGACCUGCGAGGGCUGCAAGGGCUUCUUCCGGCGCAGCAUCACCAAGAACGCGGUCUAUCAAUGUAAAUACGGGAACAAUUGCGAGAUCGACAUGUACAUGCGGCGCAAGUGCCAGGAAUGCAGGUUGAAGAAGUGCUUGACCGUCGGCAUGAGGCCCGAGUGCGUCGUCCCCGAGUACCAGUGUGCUGUGAAACGCAAGGAGAAGAAGGCGCAGAAGGAGAAGGACAAACCGAACAGUACAACGAUGAACGGUUCCCCGGGCGGUGGAAUACGCAGCGACCAGAUGGGCGUGAAGAUUGAACCAGCAGAGGCUGAGUCGUUGUCCACGUCUGGGAGCAGCGGUAUCCUGACGCCCGUCAGUCCUUACGGCUACGUGGUGAAGCCCAUCAGCCCUGAGCAAGAGGAGCUGAUACACAGGCUCGUGCAUUUCCAGAACGAGUUCGAGCAACCCAACGAAGAGGAUCUCAGGCGAGUCACGACUCAGCCUUCGGAGGGAGAGGAUAUCAGUGACUACAAGUUCAGGCAUAUGACCGAGAUCACGAUCCUUACCGUGCAGCUGAUCGUCGAGUUCUCGAAAAGGUUACCUGGGUUCGAUGAGCUGCUUAGGGAGGACCAGAUGGCCCUGUUAAAGGCCUGUUCCAGCGAAGUGAUGAUGCUUCGGAUGGCGAGGAAGUACGACGUUCAAACGGACAGCAUAAUAUUCGCCAACAAUGUGCCGUACACCAGGGACAGUUACAACAUGGCAGGUAUGGGCGAGACGAUCGAGGACUUGCUCCACUUCUGCCGGCAAAUGUACGCCAUGAAAGUGAACAACGCGGAGUACGCGUUGCUGACGGCCAUCGUCAUAUUCUCAGAGAGGCCGAACCUGCUCGACGGCUGGAAGGUGGAGAAGAUCCAGGAGAUCUACCUGCAGACGUUGAAGGCGUACGUGGACAAUCGGCGCGGCCCGAAGUCGGGCACGAUGUUCGCCAAGCUCCUGUCCGUGUUGACCGAGUUAAGGACCCUCGGCAACAAGAACAGCGAGAUGUGCUUCAGUCUGAAGUUCAAGAACAAAAAGCUGCCAGUUUUCCUCGCCGAGAUCUGGGACGUGACGCCCUAGUUUCCCCGUUGCCGAUCUCUGUCGGCUUUCAGUGUUGUUUCAUCGCGUGUCCGCGCGGCGUCCUGGACGACGACCAGACCGAUGACGAGGAUCAUCGGCGGAUGUGGAACGUCGACUCGGAGAACCUCCUGUACUAGUGCACCACCAUGCCACUGCCUAAUCGACGAUCCGGUGCCCGCCGGCGGCAUCUGGAUUCGCUUCUAGCCUUCUCCAGACCUCGAGGCCCUCGCAAGGCUCCGGGGGCGUUGUUUGUUUGUUCUUUUUUUUUUUCUCUCUGUUGGCAGUGCUAGGAGGGAUUAACACGUGACGAUGAAGUCAGAGGAAGAGAGCGGAAGAAGGCAGUGGCGAGGCACCCAGGCUGUGAUACGUAGAGACAGUACAGAGACUGUAAUAAGAAGCUACCUACAGUUACGUUAUUACUAUAUCCUCUACCUGGCUAUCCACGGAAUCGAUAUGUAAAUGUAUAAUGUGUAUUGUAUAAGAUACCGGCUAAAAGCGGGCACGUUUCAAGAGCUGGAGACGCGAGAGUCGAAAUCAGGAAGAAAGAAAGAGAGAGAGAGAAAGGAAUGAGAGAGAGAGGGAGUGCAUGUGUACCGUAUGCGUGUACAAUCUUUUCUUUUCGACCGAGGAUUGAGAGAGAAAGAGAUAAUCAUCAUGAUAACGAUGAUUACGAUGUUGACGGUGAUGAUAGGACUGGAUUAAUAAUCGCAGCCGGGUUGGCUGUUGAGCAGCGACCCGGCCCUGACCGUGACACCAACGGCCAGCAGCUGCGAGGUAACGGAACGAGAAAAACGGAAUAAAGGAAAAAACAAAAUAAAUGAUUACGAUGAUGAAAAAUAACAAAACCGUACGAUUAUACAUAAUGAUACCAUAGAGUCUAUAUCACAACACAUAGCAUAAUAAUAUAUUGCUAGCAUGUACAUUGUUUAUACGAGGAAAAGAGCGAGAGGAUGAACGAUGGUGAGAAAGGGUCGAGUGAGUGAGUGAUUAAUGAUGAUGGGCGGUGAACAGACGACGGGGAUGAUGAUGAGGGGGGGAACGGUUUUUCCGCGACGAACAGGUCGAAGACGAGGCUUUGGCAUUUGCGCGCGUCCGGGUUUUCUUUUUCGCGACUUGGCGGCGGCAGCAGCGGGAAUGGAAUGGAUGGACGUCGGUAAACGAGAGCGAGCGAGAUGGAACCGGAGAAAGGGGAGAAAAAUAAAAGCGGUAGUAGCAAAAUGUAGAACGUUAAGUAAAGUAAAAGUAAGCGAGGCUAGUUGGUAGUAGGUCGUAGUAAGUCAGUGAAGCUAGGCUAGGUGACCGAGUUCAAGUGCAAAGCCUUGUGCCUUCAGCAGCGGACAUCGGCUCACCGACAAAACGAAACCAUGAAAUUUAACCGUCCGUUUUAAUUUUUUAAUAAGAAAAAAGAGAUGAAAAAUCAAGAAAAUCAAGUUAAAUAUAAAUCUGUGCGGGAGAGUGAGAGACGGAAGAAAGAGAGAGAGAGAGAGAGAGAGAGAGAGAGCGAGAGAGAUUGAUUGAUUGAGCGAAAGGGAGAUUGCAUGAUGAAGAAGGGUGCGAGGAUCAGACCGGAAGAGGAAGACGGAAGCGAAGAUCUUUCUUAUGGGAGAAACACGGACGUCACGAUUUGGUUCAAGACGAUCAAGAGGAACAAACGAUGCUAGCACAAAAAUUACACGGAAAAUUCUAUGAGAAACGUCGUUCUUAUUUUUGUGCCGGCGUAAAAUAUGGCAGUAUUCGAAACCAGCCAGGCACGCGUGGUAGCUCGGCCACACACAGCAGCAGGAGAAUCACGGGAAACUGGUCGAACGUAAAUUGUACACUCACACAGACACGGGGAAAAGUGAGCCGCAACUGUAAACACUAAGGAUUCUCAAUGUUGUAACACUGUAACUCUAUGCUAUUAACUGAUCGUAUGCAGUUGUAUUCCGUAGUAAGAUAAAAAGACAAAAAAAAGAAACAGCUAAAAAAUUGUGUAACGUGUGCGUACUCGUCGGAAGGUCAAAGACGCAGAGCAGUUGGAGACGAUUCGGGAACCAUCGACAUACAAGAGGCGACGGAUUCGAUUGGAUAGGCUGCUAUAUAGUACUUCGCCUAGAAACAGACUAGAAACAUCUUAUAGUCACGUGUUUUAUUAUACUAUUGUACAGUUGUAUCUGUCGCACGUACGAAGCAAAGUGACCAUGCGGCACGUUACUCUCUUACCCGAGUUAACAUCGUUUUUCAUCGGUCAGACCGGCCCGAGGGGCAAGCCACGUUCGAUAUAUUCAAGAAUCAGCGACGUACACGGGUCCUGCGACCCGACAAUCAUCAUCAAUCGUCGCGUCUACUAGAUUAGGACGCCCUUCGGUGCUCCGACUAGGCCUGACCCGGGCGUAGAGUUCACGAGAACGAUGAAGAUCCAUAAACUACGUAAAAUGCCGCAAGGCAGACACUGCCACACCGCAGAACAGCGUGGGACGAGAGUCUCGAUGGCAUGAGACAGAGUUGGUUGAAGAAAAUCGAAUGGGGAACCAUCACCGCCAUCGCCCAUCGACGUGUUUGUUGCUUUUUACUGUGCAAGGGUAAUGCGUUGCCCCGUCGAAAUUGAACGUCAGCACUGGAAACGAAAUCGUCUUCUGUCGGGUCUCGAGUCGAUCACAGGCGAGCGAUGAAGUUUAACGAAGAGGAACAGUGCUCCUAAUAGGAGACGACCCGUACAGAGACGCCAUUACACCGGAAACACUUGCACACACCUUAUACUCUCUAUCUGUUGUACCGUGAAACAUGCUCAUGCGUCUACCACAUCGAAUGCUUUAUCGGACAUCGCCGUUUUUGCUACGGAGGACGAGCGAGAAAGGAAACGAGAGGAGACACCACAUACCGCGACAAAGUUUUGCCUAUUAUUAUAUACACCCUUGUAAAGUAGCUGUGCGCAUCGGCUAAACUUAACACAGUUCGUUUCGACUUUAGAAUUCUUAAACGAUUUAAACAUCUAAGCGUACCGCGCACGUAAGCUCGCUAAAUCUUAAAUAGACACUCGGUAGAAUCGUUCCACCGUACGAGAGCGAUAAAAAUUGUUUAGGAUCCGCUCAAGCACCUCGAACGAUCAAACCAUCUCUUAUGAAAUCUGUUAUAUAUUCUCGGUUCUUAAAUCGAAGUUUCCAAUGGCUCUGGGAACGACCCAUCGCUUUGUUCAUUGAUGAAGUUUGAUCUAUUAGGGGAAGCGGGUCCUUUGAAUACUCCUGGUUCGAUGCCAAAGCAAAAAUUGUGCAAUAAAAUAGGAUUCUUGUACGGUGGAACGGUUCUCCAUGAAUCUUGUACCGUCGACGGCAGGUCGUCAUCGACUCUCUUUCGUUUAAAACCGCCCUACAAGGCAUAUCCCCGUUGAGACCGAAGGUCGCCUCGGUAUUCCUGAAUGUCAUUCGCCCGACUCUGGGUUCAGUCAUGUUCGUUAUCAGACACUGCAUUUCUUUUACAGUGACUAGUAGAAUUCAUCUGAGUCUCUAUUCCCACCGAUUUGGACUUUAUAAAAAAUAGUACUUACACCUCCCGCGGCCAUUUUGCAAUUUUAAUCUGAAUUUUAAUUAAAAUGAGAAAUUAAGAAAUCUCGGACAUGCCUGACCCAAAUAGCGAGCGCGUCGGACUUGAGAGAUUCCGGAAUCGAAUCGAGCGUCCUUCGACUAAUCAGAAACCGGUCACACGUUAACCCCGCGAGUCGAAGGGAGAGGCGGAGAGCGUGCAAGCGCAAUGGAGAGACCAGCGGAAGAAGUUCGGGGAGAGAAUGCACACUACACACGUACCUCUACACGUAAACGCAAACACAAAAGACGAAAGAACUACAUGCAAUUCUACGAUCACUGCCAAGGGCGUUAACCGUCGACGUCGAUUUCUCAUUGUCUAAAUGUGUCGUAGUCGUCGUUCAUUCUCGAAGCUGCUACAGAGUAAAUUAAUUAAAAAAAAAAGAAAAAAAAAACAGAGAAUUAAUAAAGGAAAGGGGAGGGAUGAGUAACGCACGCACGUCGGGAGGGUAAACGGAGAGAUUUGAGGGGUUCGCGUCACCAGACUCUAGAGAUAUUAAUAAGCGAUUACGAGACAUAAAAGAAAGAAAAACAAAAAUGCAAAAAAUAUAUAUUAAUAUACACAUAAAACGUACAUCUAUUAUAUAUAAAUAUAUAGUACGUGCGCUCGCUCGAGUUUCCGGCUGAAACUCGAGCGAUUUGUUCAUGAUACUGCCAAGCGUAGACUCGAGGGUUUCUGUGUUUUUUAAGAGACAAACUAUAAUACUCCUUUUAAAUGUGUUUGGGCCACACGACACUCACUUACACUCAUAUACACACACGUACACAUAGAGAAACACACACACACACACACACGCGCGAUGAGUAACAUGAUUAAUUGUGUACCAUAUGUAUGUGCAUCGUGUCGCAAUCUCUCUUGUCUGUCUGUCUGUCUGUUUGUCAGCCCGCCCGGAAAACGGGCACGUAACCGGUCUGAUCUGUCCGUUUCUCCUAGGUGUCUUUUUAUUGUACGUAGACACGCUGAUCUGUGCGUUAAUAUAAUAAAAUAUCCCGGAUUCUGGUUCGCGAUCUCGGUGAUGACGAUUAUAAGUCUGCGAGGGGACGGUGUCAGGGUAGCUGAGAGGCCCGACGAAAUGUGCAAUUUUAUUGGAAAUUUUUUUAAUGGCAAUUCUGAUCGAAAUCUCAAUUUUAAAGAGCGUAAAAGUCUCUCAGCGGCGUCCCUGAGAGACCCUGGCUGUUGCGUCCGGAUUACUGAUGCCACGUUUUUAGUCAGAAGAAGUGAUCUGAUGUAGCGAACUGGAGGAUUUGUAGCAUAAUAAGACGGUGGAGAUAUUUUCUUAAAAGGAGGCAACGUUCGGCCCUGCGCGAGAGAGAGAGUCAGUGUGAGUGAAUGAUGAACAAGAGGAAGCGUUAUGAAAAAAAAGAGAGAGAGAGAGAGAGAGAGAGAGAGAGAGAAGUGAAGUUUUUAAUUUAUUGGAUGCUGUAGCAAAUGGACAAACGGAGGAAGCUUAUAAGCUGAAGAUUAUUAUAAAUAAAGUUAAAUGAUUAUACUUUGUUAGUUUGAUGCAUUAUUUUUCUCGGUUUCUUCUUACUUUCGAAGUAACGCGUUCGUUCCUUAUUUCUCAGAAUAUAUACGAUUUAUAUAAACGCUGUACAUAAUUGUUAUGUGUAAUGAGAGCGAGCGAGCGAGAGAGAGAGAGAGAGAUGUAAGGAGCCCUGAGAAUUUUAAAUUUUCUCUGUGUUUCACCUACUAAAACUGAUUCUCAUACUAACAAAUUGAAGAACUAUCUUCGUGAUUUUAACAUUGCUCAAUUUUGCAAAAUUCAUUCAUUAUUAAAAAUGAUUCGUUUCAACGCCGGCAAAUUCUCGAGACCUCCCUUCUCAACUUCGGCAGCACAGAAAACACGUUAGCGUAGAAACGGCAAUAAUACAGCGUCGAGGAAUUGUUUCUAAAAUUUUCGGGGCUGCCAAUUACUAACACCAAAACGUACAAAACAAUUUUUCGAUCCCAAUUAUCGACUCGUAUUCAACAGUCGAUUGACUAAAUUUUAAAAUGAGGGGUGGUAACAAACGGUAGAGGUAACAUCCUUAGGCGUGUUGCGAGAGUGACUAAGAGAAAUGCGGCGAAUGGUAGGAAUGAUCUGAGUGAGCGAGAGAGACAGGAUUAAUAUUGUAUAGUACUGAUGAUCGUACAAAUUGUCCCAGAUUUAAAACGCGAUGGGAAAAACGAGGAGAAAUCGAUUUAAACUGGUAACUAUAACGUUAAUAUAGGACCUGCCCUCGUCGGAUGUGCACCCGCGGUCGACUUACUACUACUACUACUAUUACUACUAUUUAUUACUAUUAUUGCUCCUGUUACUGCUGUUAUUAAUACUACUAAUACACUUAACAAUUAAUUUGUACUUGCAUCACAAUGAACGCACGCGAGGAGGAGACACACGACACGUACGGUCGGUCGAGGAGUAUAGUUGUAAAAAGCACUCUUCCAUUGGAAAUUGUAACCAUCGUUUGCUCGACAUUGAGCAAUACAUCUGAUCUACAGUAGCCCUCAGCCGGACAAUAGCACUCAGAGUUGUUCAAAGCUUAACGUUUCUAGACUAAUCAUAUUUUAAUUGGUAUAAAUACCCGGGCACGGUACAUUGAAAAUGCGUCCGUGGCCCUCUAAUCGUAAUCGCUCGCCAGUGACUUCAAGGAACGGCAACGCAGACUCCCGACCUGCGAGGCGAUGAAACGCGCGUAUGCUGCCAACUUAUCUUACUAUACUUAAAUUGUACGACUAUACUAGCUUUUACAACGGAGUAACGUAACGUAUGUUAGCUCGUAAAGCGACGUUCUAUUAGCCGUAAGACAAAUUGAACGCGUAUAUUAAAGAAAAAAAAAAAGAAAAAGAAAAAGAACGUAUGAAAAACCGAAGAGGGGCAGGACUAACGCAACUAUGCGGACGCUCGACUGGCCGUGAAGAUCUGUCACACGAUAAAUUCGACAGCUGGUUCGGCGAACAGCGAGUCUCGAAUUGCUAUCUCUACUUAGCAACUAUAUAAUGUAACCUACUUAUACGUAAAAAUUAAUCGUAAACGAAAUUAUUGUUAAACUGAGAAACUCGGUGCGGGGAAAUUAGUUACCGAAAGGACGGACGGACUCAUUUUUUUAGACGGUAAGAAUUGGAACGCAAGAAAAAAAAAAAAAAAGAACAGCAUUCGGGGAGCGGGCAGCGAAGGGGGGAAGGCCGCUCCGUGCUGGGAACGUAAUUGGUGCUUUGGAAUGUAUUAGACUGAAAAAUUAUUGUUGUACGUUUUAGUAGAAAACGAAAAAUGAAAAACAUACGACCGGGUGGUAGGAGUCGACAAAUUAAAUUGACGGGAGUUCUUUUGCUCCGCAUUCGAUUAAAAAAAGUAAUUGCUAAAAUAUUAUUUCUAUUUGGAGCGUUUUAUAUGUAUACAAUAUAUUAUAUAUUCGCUAGGUUGCACACGGAAACACACACACACACACACACAAAAACACGUACACAUACACGCUUACACGUUUACACGGUAUUUUUCGAGUGAUGGGAAUCAGAGCGUCGUUUUAGGAAAAUUAAGAGAGACGGAGGCCCGGCAGGGAGUAUUUGUGAUUCAAGUAGAUUAAGUUUGUCGAAUUGAAAAUUCAUUUUCGAGGCGUCACUCCCUCACGGCAUUGUUCCUGAUUGCUUCGCGGUUCGGUUUUACACGUUUUGAACCCGGCGGCGCUCGUCGAGGGAGCCUAUAUAAAAUAUACGUUCUCUGAAAUGAGUGCCGCCAUGUUAGGGCAAAAUUUUUAUGUAUUCCUGCCGUCACGAGAGUCCAUACUAGUUUUGCGCAGCUUGCAGGUAGUGGGGAAAAUAUGGAAAGCAUUAGAGAGAGAGAAAUGCGGACAGCGACCGAAAACUGGUCUUUGCGCACUAUGGACUCUCGUGACGGUAGGUAUAAUUGCAAUCGUUUCGACGUCCGAUUAGUAUCAAAACCUUCGCGGUUCAAAAUUUAAGUAGUAAAAAUUAGUCGAAUUUCGUAACUUUAUUUAGUCGAAAUUGGGUAAAGGUUUGGAGGGGGGGGGAGGGGAGGAAGGAUUGGUAUGAGACGAUUCCCACCACACACGUGUGUAUUUACAUAAACGCGUGAAAAUUUCUGCAAAUAUAAAAUGGCAAGCGAUACUUUGUAUGUACAACAUUAGUAGUUCUGCUCGAUGGGAACCGAGCUGAGUAGACGAGUGCGUUCGCGUGCGUGCGUGCGUGCGUGCGUGCGUGCGUGAGACGAAAGGAAGAGACUCGGCGUGCACUCCGCCCAAAAAAAAAAAAACAAACAAACAAAAAAUCUGUCGGAGACGUAAGCUAGCUUCGUCGCGCAGGUGCAGGAAAAAGAGAUACUUGAUAAAUCGGUAACGCGGCGUUGCGGUUCGACUUACGACGCGGCCGUGUGCGUUUUAAUAGAAGUUACACGACCCUAGAUACUCGAGAGGCACGCGCGAACAGUUUUCCCAGUCGAUUUUAUUAAAACAAGAAAUUAUUAACAAUUAGAGAUCGUCAGGUGACGACGUUAGAAUUAACCGGGACGAUGAAAUUGUAGUUAAUCGAUGAAAAACGAUUCUGUGAUUUCAUCGUCUCGAAAAUCCCUAAAUUGGUGAUUGACUCCUAUUUAAAUAACGUUAAUCAUCGACCGUGGUUUCCAGGGAUUGUUCUCGAUAUUCGACGAUUUUAACGCCCAAGUUGUCUAAAGUGAAAAAUAAUCGAUUCGAAGUUAUUGUAAAGAGUGGAUCGGGUAUUUAGCAGGACUUCCCUGUGUUCGCGCGUGCCGCUUCACGUGUUCUCCAAAAUGGUGGAGCCACAUGUACAUCAACAAUAUUAUAUUCUAACGAUUACUAAUUAAAUAAUGUACAAUAAUUUUAACGAUUGCUGAGGAAGAAAAAAAAAAACGACGACGAUGAUCUUUGAGCGUGUGAGACAGUGUCGGGAAUGGCGUAGAAUGGGGAGUGCAAGAGCGAUGGGUAUAAACGAUUCUUGAAUUUGAGAAACCCGGGGGAGGAAGCCCGAGGCUGACGACGUAUCUGUAUUUUAAACGUGUAUUUUUCGCGAGAUGUCGGGUAAAGGAAAUUGUUGCCAGUUUGUGUUCCACGGGGCUGACUCAUUCUUUCAGUUGGCGCCGUUUAUUAAAAAUCACGGUUCGACGUGGUGUCACGGAUUAUGUGAAAGUAAAUUGAAGAAUACGUUGGCUAGUCUGGUAGGAUCUUUUAUUUGUAGCUUUAAAGAAAAAAGUAAGAAAAGAAUUUCGUGCAAUUUUUAGCUCUCGUUAAAUUUUCGACGAUCCACGAAGGAUUCUUAAUCGAAUUAAAAAUAAAUGAUUUACGCGGUGGUUCAUCGUUAGCUCUUAUCUCUGAAGCAAUAGCCGACGUGAAAAGUGCCCCGAAAAAAAUAAAUGGCGAUUCGAUGAAUAAGAACUGGCAACUCGCUUUGAAAAUAAUUUCGUAGAUCUCCGUUUUAAACGAUACUCAAUAAUCGUAUCGAGCAGCGGACCGGCGGACGUCGGCCGCUUCUCAAAUAUACGAAACGACGACGAUGUACACAAAAGAGAAUGACGCUUGGAGUACUGUAAUAUUGAGUGGCGUAGAAUUUAAGUGCACAGACUUCUUACUGGCGAAACAGACGAUUACAAGGGCUUGUACGUUUCACGAGUUUUCAUUUGAGUACAUGCAAUACUGUGAGUAAAAACGAACGUCGUGGGGGAAAAUCCUGUCAGCUUUUCCAGGACGUUUCAUUUAGUUGACAAUCAUUUGCAAAUCGUCGAGGACAAAACCACUCAGCAAUAAAAAAAA